AAAAGUGAAGUUUCGUCUGCACGCAUCGGACGCGUGCGCGAGAGCGGCCCGCUCGGGAAAUUUUGAUUGGGCACUUCGAAGUUUGUGACUUUUUUUGGUCUCAGCCGGGUUCUUGAAGCCAGAUAUUUUGGAUGCCUAUGCGGGAUUCGAUCCCGGAACAAUGAGUUGCGCCGAUGUCAUGUACCAACCUUAUUCGCCAUAUUUCCCGUACCACCAAAGGUCCCAGGUAGCGGUAUCGUCGACAGGAGGGGUCGGACCCCUGACACCGGUACCGACACAAGCCACUACCGACUACAGAAAAUUUGCUGUUGUCAAGUCGCACACCGAUACAAGCCCGAGCAGCCUCGAACAGACACCGGCGGGAUCGCCGAUUGAUUGCCGACCGCUCCCGGCUACAGCCUCUGCGGCAGCCGUCCGAACUCCGAGCGCGAGCGCCUCAGUAGCUGCCCCGACUGAGGAGAAAGAGAAGGCGGAGGCCCAAUACCUAUCUGCCAACUGCGUGCUUUUCACGUACUAUAGUGGGGACAUUUCUUCGGUAGUUGACGAACAUUUUGCACGGGCUCUCAGCCAAGCUACUAGCUACUCAGCGCCUGAAGCUACGACGGCCAAAGGACUACAGACGAAAGAUGGUCCUCCAAUGUCACACAGAAAUUUUCCUCCAUCAUUUUGGAACAGCAACUACCAACCAAUGCCAAAUUCUAACAUCAGUAGCAUGGGUCCAGGCGGCCUUGGAGCACUGCCACCCGAUCUGACUUACGGAGGUGAUCCCUACCAUCACCAUCCUGGAACGCUCCAUGCCACAUUACAUCACCAGAAUGACCCGUGGCACUACACAUUGACUGGACAACCAGGACAUUUCGGACACCACAGGUCACACGAGUUGACAUCAUACCACCCUGGGAUGUCCACGGUGACCGGGGCAUCAAGGUUUACUCCACAGUAUGGAUCCCUGUUGCUGCAACCGACGGUCCGGUCGGCGGCGCGCCUGGGGUCUGCGGCAGCGGCUUGUGCUAGUCUCGAAAAAUCUGCUGCGGAAGGUUGGGGAUCGACGAGGUACGACCCCAUUGGACACAUGGAUUCCAAUUACGGCGCCGCUUAUGGCACCAUGACUCCAAUGCCAGGUUUGGAAGGUCAACCUCAAGAGAGCAAAGACCUCUACUGGUUCUAAGGAGCUGAACAGUGAUAUUUUUUCUUUCAAAAGACACAAGUAUUACCACUCCAAGAAUGGCAGAACAAAUAGAAAGGAGAUGGCUAGAAUCUAGGUGCACAGUUUAAUAUUGUAAAUUCUGUGAAAGCAAAUUACGCAGCAGUAUUAAAACGAAUAGUUUUUUAAUCGUAAAAGCAAUAAAAUAAAACGAUUAUACAGUAUUAAUUCAGCAGAGUUAAUGUAAAUAAUUCAUGUGGAUAUCAAAUAAUGCAACUUUGACAAAAAAUACAUUGAGUUUUUUUCCAUUAAAAAAAUAUUCUAUCUUUUUUUAAUAAUGUACAGUUUCAAUUUAGUGAAUGAAAUGUUUUUUAAUUUGAUAAACAACCGAUUAACAAGGUAGAGCUAUAUUUUCUGAAUUUUUUGUCCUUCAUGUUAUGUUUAUAGGGAAAGAAAGAAGAAAUAGUAAGAAAAGUCAGCUAAAGAAAUGUUGUUGUCAUUUAUAAUUAAAUAAACUAUAAAUUAUCAACAAAAAAAUGGAAAUAUUUUGCUUUCAUAAAAACU